AUGCCCAUUGCAGGCAAAGACGUCUACUGGUACACUCGCGCGAAGGGAGAAGGAGGCGACACAGCUGCUGCAGCAGAGCUCCACGCAGUCAAGCAGCGUGAGGAAGAGCUGAUGGCUGAGGCGCUUGGCAUCAAGCCAAAGGUGAUUCGGGCGCCGAAGCAGCCGCAGCUGGACCAGAAAGAAAUGGCGCAGCUCAUGAGCAAGGACGCAGAGGAAGUAGACGGGGAGGGAGGGGACAGGGAAGCCGAGCGCAUCAAGGGCCUCGGCUACUCUGUGAAUGCAGUGCGAGGAGCGGGAGAUGCAGAACAUGAGGUGUUGGCAGGCACGCUGCCAUCCAAGCAACUGCCGGGGCCGCCGCCCAUGAACCCAGGGCAGCUGCCGCCGCCGCCCGUGCUUACAGAGGCCGAUGCUAAGCGCAUGCGCAAGGCCCAGAAGAAGGCUGCAAAGGAGGCUCGCCGCGCCGAGAAGAAGGAGAAGAGGAAGGCAAAGAAGGUGCUGAAGAAGGCAAAAAAGGCGGCGAAGAGGGCCAAGGUGGAGGCCGAGGCAGGGCCGCCAGCAGACGCCAGCGCAGGAGGCAGCAGCCCCAGCAGCAGCUCCGACGGCGCAGACUCUGAUGCCUCCGAACCGGCAGACCCUGCAGAGGAUACCUCUCCCGCAGGCAGACGCACAGCGCCCAGCUCGGAGCUCGCGCAUGUCAGGGACAGGGAGAGCAGCCGACUGGACGGGAGGGAGCCGGCUCGCAAGAGAAGGCAUGACUCACCCACCCCCGAGCGGCAGCACGCGAGGCGCCGGCACGACUCGCGGUCGCGCAGCCUGGAGCGGCACGGCGGGCACAUGCGUGACCGUCGCGAGGGUGGCGAGGAUCGAUCAAGGGGCAGGGAUGAAGGGCGGGUUAGAAAGGGGAGGAGGGGAGGCAGCCAAGAGCGGAGUGAGAGAAGGGAGAGGCGGCGCAGCAGGAGCCGUGACCGGCGCGGGAGGGAUCGUACUUAGACCGGGAAAGAUGCACGUUAGAACGCUGGAGUGAUCACUGAUGAGGAUGUGGAGGACACCUCUACGGUGGGUCGCUGAUGUAUAUUGCGUAAUGUUUCCGAGGGACCAUGUGAACACAGACGCUUUCAUUCAAAGAGACCAUCUAUGCUGUCAGAGCUUUCAUACAUUCCAGCUCAUUCAGUCCCACCAAAGCUCCGAGCUCAGGAGGAGAGUCUCACCGCAUGUGAUGCCUAUUCUUUGCUUCAAGACAUUUCGAUCUGGCGCAACAUAGUAACUCGUGCAUGUAUCAUGGGCAGAGGCCUGCCUCCUGAUGCAAAUCCACCGCGUCAAAACAGGUUGUGUUUUGUGAGGACUCUGCUAUAGGAGCAUUGCAAAAUGUCCUGAAGCGUAACUACAAAGAUUGGCUAGAAUGGCCUGUUCAAACGCCAAGGCUAUCUGGGUGCCAUUUCGGGGGUCAUCCUGAACGCCUCACUGGUACGCUGCUUGGCCAAAGAUGGCUUGUACAUUACAAAAUCUAAAUCUGGU